GCCCCAUAUCGAAGAACCAGGUAGUUUUAUAUGUAUCUCGCUUUCAACGUGCUAAGACCAAAGCUUUGAAGUUCAUCCUCCUCUUUCCAAAGUCUAAUAGCCUUGGAACAUUGACGCCGACCCUUACUAUCAUUGGUAAUGGCCCUGCCAUUAACUCCUAAAUGUCUCCCGGAGCAACUAGAAGUAAAGUGAAGUCGGGUUGUCGGACCUGCAAGACUAGGAGGGUCAAAUGCGACGAAGGCUGGCCCGCCUGUCGCCGAUGUCUCUCCACAGGUCGCGUUUGCGAAGGCUACGGGAUAUGGGGCGGAGGAGGAAAUGAUUAUGGCCGUCGUACCAUCGGACCACCUUGCAAUAAAAACCCGAGGGGUUUCAACGCCCCAUUGCUGAUGCAGACGAAUUCUAGAGAAGAGAGUCGACAUCUCGAAUGGUUUACAUAUCGGACAGCUUUCAAACUUCCGGGCGUUUUUAGCUUUGCCUUCUGGGAUACUCUUGUAUUCCAAGCAGCCUCGAACGAGCCGGCUGUUUUACAUGCUGUGCUUGCUUUGAGCUCGGUUCACAAGAGAGAUGGCUUUUACGUUAGUAGUUUAGACACGGACCACCCGGAUGAACAAGAGCGGUUCACGUUACAACAUUACAGCAGAGCGAUUACUCAUCUCCAGCCUCAUUUUUCGGCUAAGAGCAAUUCAUCUAUCCGUGUUGCCCUUAUCACGUGUAUAAUGUUUGUUCUCAUGGAAUUCCUCCGAGGCCAUUACAAAACCGGGAAUGCCCAUCUUCAAAAUGGAUUAAAACUUUUAGAUGAGUUCCAAGCUCGAUCGAGUGGAAUUGACAGUUAUAGUCUAUUUCUAGAGCCAUGUUGCGACUCAGUGGACGCUUGGAUUAUCCAAGCUUUUCUCAGGCUCGAUGUCCAGGCAAAACUCCUUGGGUAUGGUUCACAACAUCUACGCAUGGUCUUGGAUGACACUAUUUCCAGGGUCCCGAACCUCAAAUUCACAUUUCAAUCCUUUAACCAAGCAAGGCAACAUCUGGAUCGACUCUACUGCCAAAUAUUCCACAUAAACCAUGAAUGCCGUCGGCAAGGAUGGCCUCGAGACCAAGUGUAUACCGACGAUCUCCUCUUUAGACAACACAACGUUAAGAACGCGCUGGCCUCUUGGUACCAAGCCUUUAGAGCAUCAUGUGUGAGCCUGGUAACCAAGAAACUAAGUACCAGCACAGUAGCUCAAACAUUGAUACGCAUACACUACACCAUGGCUGAGAUCAUGGCUGACACAUGCCUUUGGCCGGCAGACGAAUCAAGAUACGAUGCCCACACCGAGGAUUUUCACAUAAUGAUGGAACAAUUGACGACGGUCCGAGCUCUUUCGCAGAUGCCAUCCUUGUCGAAGAUUAUGCAUUUUCCGGACAUGUCUGGAUCAGUGGCUGACCUAGGUGCCUUAGCUGCACUGUAUUUUGUAAUCGGAAAAUGUCGCGUACACAAAAUUCGGCACGAAGCUCUCGGGUUUCUAAGUGAGACGUGCCACAAGGAAGGAAUCUGGAAUGCCGUUCUGAUAGCGUCUAUCGCGCAGGAAAUAGUUCGGAUCGAAGAGGGCGACUUUUAUACGGACUGCGAUGUAGCCAACGAAGCGGCUUCCGUCGACGACGGCUCCAACGCAGACUCGAAAGAACCUGUGUUACCGGAGUCAUAUCGGUUGCAUGAUGUGGAGGUGGAGUUGCCAGAGUCUUACGCUGGGAUUGCCACGAUAAAGUGCAAACGGAGACUUGAUGGUGACAUCUGGGAAGUAAUCACUAGAGAUUUCGUGUAUAAUGUACCAACACAAAGCUGGGUAAGAUCAUGAAGGGGUGAGGUAUAAUCAUAUGUUAGCAUGAUGCUCCCCCUUUCCUCCCUCUUAGAUCGCUAAUAUUGUAAGAGUUUGAUCGCUAAACUCGCUCACAGUUUCCUUCGAAUGAGAUAUCGUUGCCACAAGGACAUAUCAGAUGUGAUGCGUGCAUGAAAUGUCCCACUUUGGCCCUCAUUGGGGCUUUCAUUUUUCAAAUCAAGUACAAUGUCCUACUAUUUCAUGACAAACAUCGACGGUGUACUUUCUAGCAUAUUCUCCACACAGAUAGGUGACACGCGUUUCUUUGCGCCAAGAAAUUUGUUUCCUAGGUCUCCACCAGAUCUGUU